UGGCAAAUUGGGUCUCCCUCCGACUCCCAUCCUUGCGGGCCUGCGGCGACCAGUGGGCAGUGGCCUCUUCCUCCUCGCGCACUUAAAUCCCCCGCGCCGCCUCCCCCCACUUCCUCCCCAACCCGCGCCUAUCGACUCCGCGCCUCGCUCUCGCUUUCGCCUCCCUCCCCCGCCUAGCGUGCGUCGACCAUGGCCGCCGCGGCGCACGAGGUCUCCGCCGUGAUCUUUGAUCUCGACGGCACCCUCCUUGACACAGAGAGGGCGACAAGGGACGUCCUCAACGAAUUCCUGGCGGCGUACGGGAAGGUCCCUGAUGCGCAGAAAGAGGAGAAGAGGCUGGGCCAGAUGUAUCUGGAGUCCACCACUGGAAUCAUCAGAGAUUACGGGCUGCCGCUCACGGUCGAGGAGUACUCCAAGGCGAUGCAUCCGCUCUACCUGAGAAGGUGGCAAAAGGCGAAACCGCUUCCAGGAGUGAAGAGGCUUGUCAAGCAUCUUCACAAGAACGGAGUGCCACUCGCAAUUGCUUCUAACUCCGUUAGGAGAAAUAUUGAUCACAAACUUCCGAAACUAGAAGAUUGGGGAGAGUGUUUUUCUGUUAUUCUUGGUGGAGAUCAAGUCCCUAAUGGGAAACCUUCCCCUGACAUAUUUUUGGAGGCUGCAAAGAGGCUUGGUGUAAAUCCAUCGUCGUGCUUGGUCAUAGAAGAUUCUGUUGUUGGCGUCAAGGGUGCCAAGGCUUCUGGGGCAAAGGCGGUUGCAGUACCAUCACUUCAAAGUCAGAGGAAACACUAUUAUAUUGCUGAUGUCAUCAUCUAUUCACUUUUGGACUUUGAUCCUGAGCUAUGGGCUCUUCCUCCAUUUGAAGAUCGCAUUCAAGGUGUACUGCCGAUUGAUCCCUUACUUUCAAAUGCCAGGAUAGGUGAUAAAAUUGUAAACAAUCUUCAUUGGGUAAUUUCAGAUGACUGUACCUACGAGUGUAUUCCUGACCAAAUAUCAGGAAUUUAUUUGGGUUGGGCCGAGUCCAAAGUGCAUGGACUCUCCAAGGUUAUCAUAGGUACUGGGUGGGACUUCUCACAGCAGACUGUCGAAAGAGUGAUGCAAGUAGAUUUUCUUGAUUCCUCUGGCAGGAUUGAAACAGAGCCUGUGAAGCUGCUUGUAAUUGGCUACAUCCGGAAGCUCCAAAGUGCGGAUGAUAUAUUGCAAGCUUUAAGUAUAACCGACGAAGACAGGAGCAUUGCAAGGGAAGCAUUGGACCUCCCAACUUUCUCUGAAUAUGCUAAUGACCUUCAUCUUGCCUAAGUCGGGCCUUAUCAUUGCAAUCUCUCACCUCACUGCCUCACGUUUGUAUUUGUUAUUGUUAACAAGCAAACAUGAUGUCAGCUGCAUUUUCUUCCAUGAAGACUUCAUAUAAAAUGUACUUGUUGCUCGGAGAAGAUUAGAGAAGAAAAGAACGGAAGGCAUGAAGCGUGCCAUUUAGAGGUCGAUCAAUGUUACCAUAUGUUGUAGUAAAUUCUUCCCGCUUAAUUUUGUUUAUGUAUAAUAUACUACUGCACAUGCUGGGCAGAGUGAUAGAAAAGAUGCGAGCACUGAAAUGGGAAAAAAGUGUACAAAUGAUUCUUCACAUCAAACAGUAGCACAGAUGCACAAAUUUGAUCAA